AUGGCAGACAUCGCCCCUCCCCUUCGCGCGGUACUUUUAGAGGAGCAUUUACAUAUAUUCUUACCUCUCGCUCACGUCGACGCACCUAUGCCUCGCACAAACAAACAAAACCUACUAGAAAUGCUCGCUCUAUUCCACCCGGGGCUGCGUCUGGAUCCUAAUAUCGCACAACCAACCGCUUUGCAACUCUUCAAUUUAUUAGUUCGGCCUUUCAUUCAGCGUAUGGAAGAUUUCAAUGAAGAAACCAACACCUCUUUGAGAAAAGAGCCGUUGUAUGAGUGGACCUCAUGUUAUAGUGAUGCCGCACGGGGACAUCCAAUUAUGUAUUUAGACCCACCCCUUGGGAUUUACUAUAAUUGUCUCUCCCGAACUUCUCCCACAAUCCUGCUUGCCUGUGAACUUCUCUAUCUAUUUGUUCAUGACGUCAAGUUCAACAGGAUUUGUAAACGACGUCAGCUGAGGCAAAGUGGACCCCAUUUAAUCGAGGGCUUUUCGUCUUCAAAUGAGAAAGCUCCUUGCUCGGACGCGAUUCUGUUGAACUUUCAUCAUCAUCCACUGCAACGCGCCAAAAUCGUAUUGGGCUGUUGUAGCUUCUGCGUAGCAAACAAUAGUAACCUCGCACAUUAUCAUAUCCACUUCGCCAAGGACGAUAUCGCGAAACAUGUAGCCAAAUACAAAUACCUCAACAAAAUCGAGCUCGAAGCGGUAGAGAAUGCGAUAUAUAUGGUACAAGAUCUACAUGAAAACGUCUUUCUCAAGCUUAAAGAUUCUCACAACGUUAUAUCCUACUGUGAGAUGUUGUUGCUUUCGCUCGAUCCCGUUGUGAUUCCUCACCGUCAACUUUACGAGACCCAACUCAAGGUGGCGCGUGCGGAACACAAAGCGAUAAAGUCCGAAAUGAAGUGUCACACCAAGAAUGCCGCGGACCUUUGGGCAAUUUUAUCAAUCGAGACCAAACGCGCGUGUGACUACGAGGAUGCAGUUGCAGCUGGUUUGGUCCCAGCGCCAGCCGCAGAAGAAUCAGAAGAAUCAGAAUGA